UGAAAAGCAGCUGUGCCCAGCUCAACACUCAAGGAGGGGGAGACAAGGGAGCUCAUGCUAUAGACGGAAAGCUUCAGGGCUUGAGGAUGGGGCAGGGACUCAGCAACACCCCAGCCUCAGAGCUGGACAAAUUCAUAGAGGACCACCUCCUUCCCGAUACCACCUUCCGUAAUGAUGUCAGAGCCGUCAUCAAUGUCAUGUGUACUUUUCUGAAGGAGAGAUGCUUCCAAGGCGCCGCCCACCCUGUGAGGGUCUCCAAGGUGGUGAAGGGCGGCUCCUCAGGAAAAGGCACAGCUCUGAAGGGCAGGUCAGAUGCCGACCUGGUGGUGUUCCUUAACAAUCUCACCAGCUUCGAGGACCAGUUAAACCGACGCGGAGAGUUCAUCCAGGAAAUUAAGAAACAGCUGCACAAGUUUCGGAGCGAGAGACACAUUUGGGUGAAGUUUGAGGUUCAGAGUUCAUGGUGGUCCAACCCCCGAGCACUCAGCUUCAAGCUGAGCUCCCCACAGCUUCAACAGGAGGUGGAGUUUGAUGUGCUGCCAGCCUAUGACGUCCUGGGCCAUGUCAGUGUCUACUGCAAACCCGACCCUGAGAUCUACAGAAGGCUCAUCAGGAAGUGCACAUUCCUGGGCAAGGAGGGCGAGUUCUCCACCUGCUUCACAGAACUUCAGAGAAACUUCCUGAAGCGUCGUCCGCCCAAACUGAAGAGUCUCAUCCGCCUGGUCAAACACUGGUACCAACUGUGUAAGGAGAAGCUAGGGAAGCCGCUGCCCCCACAGUAUGCCCUGGAGCUGCUCACAGUCUAUGCCUGGGAACGUGGGAGUGGAUUCACUGAGUUCAACACAGCCGAGGGCUUCCGGACCGUCUUGGAACUGGUCACCAAGCACAGGAAGCUUAGAAUCUACUGGACAAUGUAUUAUGACUUUCAAGACCAAGACAUCUCCGAUUACCUGCACAGACAGCUCACAAGAACCAGGCCUGUGAUCCUGGACCCCGCUGACCCAACAGGGAACGUGGCCGGUGGGAACCCAAAUGGCUGGUAUCGGUUGGCAGGAGAAGCUACGACCUGGCUUCGGUACUCAUGCUUUAAGAACAGGGAUGGCUCCCCAGUAUGCGCCUGGGAUGUGCCGACGGAGGUUGAUGUGCCAUACCAGGAGAACCAGACGAGUAAUUUUUUCCGUAAUCUCUGUUUUUUGUUGUUGUUUUUGUUUCUUUUCAUUGUUUCAAGGGCUUCUUCUGCAUAGCACACGCAGCCUGGAGCUAACAACCCUUUUGUAUUAGUGCUGUGAUAACUGCAGCGUAGGCAUUGUUAUAACCCCCAACAGAGAUGGUCCUGUAGCUCCUGUGCCACUACAGGGCCAGUAUGCGAGUCUCGGGAACUAUGAGUCUUGGGAACUAUGCCUGGAGACUUGAAAACACACAGCGACAGAGACAGUCAGAGAAAGACAUGAGGACAUGGAGAAAGACAGACAGAGACACGGGCAUGGGUCACCCCUGAUACAAGAAUGACAAAUGCCAAAUGCCAAACUUCAUUGUGCUGGGGGGGGGGGAGCUUCUAUAGGGACCCUUAGCCACACCCAGCUCUCGGGAUUUUUUAUCUGCAGGCCUUGUGCUCAGAGUAGCUGCAGGCAAGAUCUCAUGCUCAGUUCAUUCCAGCAGGCAAAGACUCGGAGACAGGCAAAGAAAAUCAAGGGACCCAGGAUCUGUAGCUCCCAACAGGCCUGAUGUACCCUGCCUUCCCUCCAUCCUCAGGUGGGCAAGAAUGGGCAUUUGUCCUCCUAUGAGCACAGCAGCACUUGCCCAGAAGACUCUGGAGUGAGGGGAGGUGCUCCUUUGCUGCAGGCCUUGACCAGAGAGGGCAGGAUGCUGCCCAAGGUCCCAGUUAGGGAGUGUCCACCCUGGGAUCAGACUCCAGUCUUCUGACCCCUGCCUGCCCACCCUUCUAUCCUGUCCCAUUACAGACAGCCUUCCUUACAACCAGCUUCAUCUGCCAUAUCCUCUGACAGUGUUCUCUAGGGGACAAGAGAUUCAGAAGGGGAGGGGAGAACCCAAGCUUGACUUCUGUCUGUGCACCUGUUAGGAGCUUC